AUGCAUGGAACCCGCCGGCGGAGCACCGACGAUCAUGUUGAGCAGCCUUCGCCACUCCACGCCCAAGAGUCACAGACGUCUCAGGAGUCCCAGGCAUCGACUUUUCGCGGCUCCGAGAUCGACCCCGAGCUGGUAGAGGCUUCCUCCAACUGCAACCCGCAGCUCUUCGUCGUCAGCAGCCGGACGGAGCGCCCGCGCCGGAGGACCGGCGGCGACGAGAAAGAUGACCCGCCCGAGGAGACGUACCCCGAGGGAGGGAGGGAGGCCUGGCUCUGCGUGGCGGGCUCGUGGAUGGCCCUCUGCUCUGCCCUGGGGCUGAUGAACACCAUCGCCACCUUCCAGACGUACAUCGCCAGCCACCAGCUGGCUGACUACAGCGAAGGGACCAUCGGCUGGAUCUUCUCGCUGUCCACCUUCAUGGUCUUCUUCCUGGGCAUCUAUAUAGGGCCUAUAUUCGACAAGCACGGCCCGAGGUGGCUCAUCUUCACCGGCACGGUCUGCGUCGGUGCCAGUCUGAUGCUCCUGAGCAUCUGCACUCAGUACUGGCACUUCAUCCUCACGUUUGGGGUCCUCAAUGGCUUUGGUACCUCCUUUCUCUUCACGCCGUCCCUCGCCGCCGUGGGCCACUUCUUCCGCGCCCGCCGUGGCUUCGCCUCCGGGGUCGCCGCCACGGGAGGCAGCAUAGGCGGCGUCGUCUUCCCGCUCAUGCUGCAGAGCCUCUUCGACAAGGUCGGCUGGGGGUGGAGCAUCCGCAUCCUGAGCUUCGUGUGCCUCUCCCUGUCCAUCACCGCAAACUUCCUCAUCCGGUCCCGCCUCCCGCCAGACCCGGAUGCGAGCACCCAUCCGGACUUCCGGAUCUUCAAGAACAUCCCCUUCCUCUUCACCACCAUCGGCAUCUUCCUCGUCGAGUUCUCCCUCUUCAUCCCGCUCGCGUACAUCUCGCAGUACGCGCGCAGGCACGGCUUCAGCGAGUCCUUCAGCUUCCAGGUCCUGGCCAUCGUCAACGCCGGCUCCUUUGUCGGCCGCGUCCUGCCCGGCUGGUAUGCGGACAAGAUUGGCGUCUUCAACGCCAACAUGAUCGCCGUGGCCCUCUCCAUCGUGGCCGUCCUGGGCGUCCUCCUCCCCGCCGGCGGCACCAUGGCCGGGCUCGUCGUCUUCUGCAUGCUGUUUGGGUUCGCCAGCGGGUCCAACAUCAGCCUGACGCCCGUGUGCGUCGGCCGCCUGUGCCGGACGCAGCAGUACGGCCGGUACUAUGCGACCUGCUACACCACCGUGGCGGUCGCUUGCCUGCUGGACCUGCCCAUCGGGGGCGCCAUCAUCACUGCCAACGGUGGCGAGUACUGGGGGGUCCUCGUCCUGACUGGCUGCGUCUAUGUCGGGUCCUUUGCCGCUCUCUACGCCGCCAAGGUCGCGGCCUGUGGGUGGAAGUUCUGGAAGCGGUUUUGA